AUUCGGUGUGGCAAGAGUUUCAGCCAAGCAUCAUACCUUACUAAACACAUGAUGAUCCACACUGGAGAAAAGCCAUUCACAUGCCCUCAGUGUGGGAAGAGUUUCAGCCAAUCAUCAUACCUUACUAAACACAUGAAUAUCCACACGGGAGAAAAACCAUUCACAUGCCCUCAAUGUGGGAAGAGUUUCAGCAAAUCAUCAUCGCUUUAUAGACACAUGAAGAUCCACACCGGAGAAAAACCAUUCACAUGCACUCAGUGUGGGAAGAGUUUCAACCAAUCAUCAUUCCUUAAUCAACACAUGAGGAUCCACACUGGAGAGAAACUAUUCACAUGCCCUCAGUGUGGGAAGAGUUUCAACCAAUCAUCAAACCUAAAUCAACACAUGAUGAUCCACACUGGAGAGAAACCAUUCACAUGCCCUCAGUGUGGGAAGAGUUUCAACCAAUCAUCAAACCUAAAUCAACACAUGAUGAUCCACACUGGAGAGAAACCAUUCAUAUGCCCUCAGUGUGGGAAGAGUUUCAACCAAUCAUCAAACCUAAAUCAACACAUGAUGAUCCACACCGGAGAAAAACCAUUCACAUGCCCUCAGUGUGGGAAGAGUUUCAGCCAAUCACCAUACCUUACUAAACACAUGAUGAUCCACACUGGAGAAAAACCCUUCACAUGCCCUCAGUGUGGGAAGAGUUUCAGCCAAUCACCAGACCUUACUAAGCACAUGAUGAUCCACACUGGAGAGAAACCAUUCACAUGCCCUCAGUGUGGGAAGAGAUUCAGCAAAUCAUCAUCGCUUUAUAGACACAUGAAUGUCCACACCAGAGAAAAACCAUUCACAUGCACUCAGUGUGGGAAGAGUUUCAGCCAGUCAUUAUACCUUACUAAACACAUGAUGAUCCACACUGGAGAAAAAACAUUCACAUGCCCUCAAUGUGGGAAGAGUUUCAGCAAAUCAUCAUCGCUUUAUAGACACAUGAAGAUCCACACCGGAGAAAAACCAUUCACAUGCACUCAGUGUGGGAAGAGUUUCAUCCACUCAUCCCACCUUAAUAGACACAUGAAGACCCACACUGGUGUGAGAGAGUAUAUGUGCUUGGAGUGUGAGAAGACUUUUAUUACAGCUGCAGAAUUUAAACGGCACCAGAGGAUUCACAUUGGAGAAAAACCGUACAAGUGUUCACUCUGCAGUAAGAGGUUUACUCACUCAGGAACCUUGAAAACACAUAAGAGGAUUCACACUGGAGAGAAACCGUAGACAUGAUCAGUGUUUACAGAGUUUCACUCAUUCGGGGCAGCUUAAGAAACACAUGGGAUGGUUUCUGGUAUAGCGUCGACACGUGUAGCAG